CAGGGAAUCGUACUUAAUGGCUCAUGACGUCAGCAGGAGUAAGUAGCCCUACCAGAGAAGCGACGAUGGUCCUCAUCAAGGAGUACCGUGUGGUGUUACCCUGUAGUGUUGAGGAGUAUCAAGUGGGACAGUUGUUCUCAGUGGCUGAAGCCAGUAAAAAUGAGACUGGUGGUGGAGAGGGCAUUGAGGUCCUCAAGAAUGAGCCCUAUGAAAAAGAUGGCGAGAAAGGACAGUAUACGCAUAAAAUCUACCACUUGAAGAGUAAAGUCCCUGGGUUUGUCAAGCUGUUUGCCCCUGAUGGCUCCCUGACAUUCCAUGAAAAAGCCUGGAAUGCCUACCCUUACUGCAGAACCAUUGUGACGAAUGAGUAUAUGAAAGAUGACUUCAUCAUUAAGAUUGAGACAUGGCAUAAACCUGACCUUGGAACACAAGAAAAUGUGCAUAAACUAGACAAUUCCACAUGGAAGAGUGUAGAAGUUGUGCCCAUUGACAUAGCAGACAGGGAUCAGGUGGCCCCUAGUGAUUACAAGCCAGAUGAGGACCCUGCGCUGUUCAAGUCAACCAAGACUGGCAGAGGACCCCUUGGGCCCAUCUGGAAGACGGAGCUGGCUAGUAAAACUGACUGUCCAAGGAUGUGUGCCUACAAACUGGUCACAGUCAAGUUCAGGUGGUGGGGCCUGCAGACCAAGGUGGAGAACUUCAUCCAUAAGCAAGAGAAGAGGAUCUUCACUAACUUCCACCGCCAGCUCUUCUGCUGGAUUGAUAAGUGGGUGGAGCUGAGUAUGGAUGACAUCCGGCGGAUGGAGGCAGAGACACAGAAGGAGCUUGAGGAGAUGCGUAAGAGGGGCAUUGUGCGAGGCACAAAGCCUGCAGAAGAGUAGCCAGGUCUGAGUGUGGCUGUCUUCGCAGACAUGGUGAGCUGCGAGGAACCAGCGCUGCAGACGAGUGAAAAGGCCAAGGAUUUUAAACAACCAGGACGACAACAGUGAUGAAGACUGCAAGGAGGGCUCCUUUGGUGCCACCUUUACAUUAACUGAUUCAGGCUGUGGAGGAGAGGGCUCUGCUAUCCACGAUCAAUAGAGCAGAUCCCCGACUUGCACCCAAUCAUAGACAUUCUAUCCACAGAGGAAUUGAUUUCUAGAAACUGACACGAUCUUAGCUGAUAACACUCUGGUUAAUUUUGAUCUCCUGGGCAGAGAAAGGCCAGCUAUCAUCGUCAUUUUAUUGACAAGGCCUAAACCUCUGGAUAGAUAUGAAGAGGAGCUACUUGCAAUGGGAGAUGAAUAUUUACAAAAAAAAAGCAGUUUAAUUGGCUUGAUUCCCUAAUGGCAGAUGUUGGACCAAAUACUCCAAGAGGAUAUUUUCCUCUGUGCUCUGUUGGCCAUUUUUGACUUCCCUUUGUUGUUAAUGUCAUCUCCAAAACAUUCCUCAAGAUGUUGCCCUCCCUUGACCUCUCUCCUCCAUCUUUGUCUCCUCCUCUGUUUUUAGCUGUAAAUACUGUAGCUCAGUGGUUUGCAUUCCCCAGCACAAGUCUGUUUGUCAUACUCUUGUUCCUUCCUGCCACAACCUCCAUUAAGAGAUUACUAACACCCUCAGCCUGUCGUAAUCCCUCCUCCAUCACCCCACAUCACCUUACCCAAAGCACUGCAUCUUAUUAACACUGACAAUCUUGCCUGUACAGGUAUUCACUCUCACUCCCAUGCAAAUUUCAGAGCAACCCACCUCCGCUCACGUAUGACAUGGAUACAUGCGCACACUCACAGGUGUGGAUGCCUUUGCAGUGACUGGUAUUUUUAAAGCUCAAGCUGGGCAGAUCCAUGCAAGCUUGCUCAACUAAAGGAUGUUACUUUGGAUGUGUUUACAGCUCUCACUGUUUUUUUCCCCCACACACUCCCUAUUCUAAACACACACACACACACACACACACACACACACACACACACAUACAUACAACACAGCGUUCUCCUCCCUAACAGAUGUCCCCAGAGAAAAAACUGCACUGAAAAACAGCCACAGAUGGUGCUACACCCCUCCAGCCUCUGUCAUGAGCCACACUGCACCGCUCUGUUCACCCCACCUCACCCAGCCCGCCCCAGAGGCCCGCCUUACUCAACUGGUUUUCUGAGGCGGUGUGCGUUUUCCUGACGGUGAGGCCUGCUGAGCAGGGCCGACAGGUAGACUGUUUCCACAAGGCCUCUCGUGUGCGCUUCAUGCUUGGUCUGUUUACAGAGCCAUAGCAGCCUUAGCCGUACCCAGUCAACACCAGCAACACACACUGCUUGCCUUAAUCUCUGGACCUUUUAUGUACCGCAUUGUACCUCUGCUGCCAACUAUUGCUCUAGCUACCUCCCUUGUCUCAGACUGGGGCUUUUCCUACCCUGAAGGUUAGCACUAGAUAUUUAGCUGUAACUCCCUGGGUAGGGGUUCAUCUGUAUGUUCAUUUCAGAGCUGUGUGAGGGUUUGUGCCCAUACGUUUGUGAUGACUGUUAAUUUUUUUGAGGGUGUAGGAGUACAGGUCAUUCCCUUUAUGCCUCCUGGUACAGUAUGUGUCAAAGCUCUUCAGCUCACACAGCAUUUUCCUCAGUGAGAGAUAACUUAUAGUGAGAACAAAUCGCAGCCAAUACACUGAUGUCGUUGCAGACGGGAGUAGAUGUACAUCUUUGCCUCAGACCAGUGGUUUUGACAGAUUUGCCAUAUUGUUGACUUCUCAGCUGCACUGGGCUUUUUUCCCCCUAGGCUCCAGAAUCGUGUGACACUGGCUCACAGUGUUGAUCAUCGCUAGUGUUACAUUCAGUACAAGCAGUUUCCUCAUCCUCAAAUCCUAAUGCUAUUCUUUGCGUGUUUGUGUGGAGUGUAUGUGUUUUCAGUUGUGCAACCAGAAUGGGGGUUUGUUUUUAGAUAACUCUUCAACCUCAGCCUUUUUUUUUUUAACCAGACAUAGCUGUAAUAAAAAUGCUUUGGGGGAGUGAAGGUUCCCUAUUUUUUAUUUUUAUAUAUAUGUGUAUAUAUAUAUAAUAUUCUGUAAAUCUUAAGGGGGAAUGUGAUACCUUCCUCGGUAAUGGGUUGAUGGCUUGCCCAAAGAGUAUGAAUGGAUCUCUGAUGUGAUUUGUUUACAUGUAUUCAGCACUUGUCUUAGGUUGGUGAUACAGGCAGUUUUGGGAGCAAUGGAUGUGUGGCAAUGAAAUAUUCACCUGUCAGCAAUGCUACAGUGUUAAUGAUCCUUGGAUAUUCUCAUGAUCAGCUGCCUCAAAAGCUGUCUUCUGUAUUACUGCCUUUAUCACAUGCUUUCCAUGGGCAAUAUGGCAAUACAGUUAUUAACAUGAUAGGAGGUGGCUGUAAGGUAGCCUCUUAACAUUUUGACAGUGUAUGAGAAGAUGACUAAAGCCAGUUGAUUUUUCUAACUGUAUAGAUAUUGUACCUCUACCAAGUGAGUGAAAUGGAACCUGAAAAGUGAAAAACUGGUCUUUAGUAUGAUCAGUAUUUCAAAGUCUAUCAAUACAGCCCCCGCUGUCUGUUCAAUGAAAAUCCAGUGACAAACCGUCUGUCAAGACAAUGAUGAGGGAGAGGGAGUCAUCACUAGGAAAGAAAACUGUACAGUCUGAUCAUGAUUUAUUAAAUUUACAACUGUCAAAUUUCUAAACAGCUUGCUUUUAAAUGUUUCUGAUCAACUUUUGAAAAUCAGGGGUCAUGGUAGUGAAUGUAUAAUGUUGUGCCUUUUCUUUCUGUAGAUCUUUGUGUGCCAUGAAGUCUACACAGUGUCUAAAAUAUCAAAUAAAUUUCACCUCAAAGUUUA